GAGAUAUACUGUGUUAUUAAUAUUUGUUAUAUUAUUUGUCAUUUUAUGACUAAUUGUGACCACAAAAUAAUAAAUUGUAUAAAUAGUGUAUUAUCUGGCAAUUGAAUGGGUAAAGAAAGAGAGAUGAGUUUGCAAUUUAUAAAAAUAGUUUUUAUAUUUAUUACAUGAAUAUGACUACCAAUGAUCUUCUCCAAUAUGUCUUAAACUACAUAAUAAACAACAUAUGAAAUCUAAUAAUUUGUUGACCAAAUAAAUAUCUCAAUAUAAGUAUAAGUUAUUUAUUUUUCUUUGACUGCAACGACAACAGUAUUUGCCGUCAAAAUCUUUUAUACGAUAUAUUUGUCGUACACUUCAAUAUUGUGCCGACUUUUUCGCCAUUGGAUUUGUCUGCUAUUAAAUCUCAGCAAAAAAAUAAACUGUAUAUCCAUUUGAAUGUCUCUCUCAACGCAUAUCCAUAAACCUAAACCAUAACAUAUAAGUCGACCAUAAGUUUUGAACGCAUUUUUUCGCAAUAUUGGAGUUAAUGUAAUAAAAUUGUACUCAAGUAUUGCCUUUACUAUUAAAGUGUUAGCUUUUAUUAGUAAGGCAUUGAAAGUGACUUAUAAAUGCGAAAAACUUUUUUAGUGCUUAAAUACGUGUAAAAAUUAUUUGACUUUUUCACUAUUACUUACUUUUAGCCCACUAUUACUACAUUACAUUUGAAGCCUUGUUUAUAUAAGAAAGCCUUAAGGAAUAUGUAAAGUAAUGAAAUGUUAUUAAAACUCGCAGUUAUUUUUGUUGUGUGAAUGUCAGCACUUUAUAAAUAAUGAAUUAAUAUUAUACGAGUUAAAUGUAUAAUAAUUUACUGCAAAAAUACUGAUUAAUUAAUUUUUACCACUUUUUCUUUUAAUGCAAUCAAAAACAAUGAUUCCGUCGUUUCCAAAGCUAUUAGCUGACUUUGGCCGCCAAUUUUUAUGGUCACCAUUGACCACCGUUAAUACACUUAAGCAGCACCGGGAGGCCAGAAAAUCAGUGCUCAACCAUAACCACAUCAAUGGAUAUAAGAGAAUUCAGUCGACUUUCUAUUGCAAUGAAGGCGACUGUGUUAGUACUGGUGGUGGUGUGUCAGUGCUCUGCCUGAGUGAACAGCACACACCUAACCAGAAAACCAACUCAAGUAUUAGUGAUAAUAUUAAUGAAGUUUCGGUAAAAGAGAGCACAGACUCUGAAUUGAAUGACAGAUAUAAACAUUAUUUUAGUCUUAAUUAUGACACAAAUACUACUACUAAUAGUGCUGUUGUUGUCGACUUGUGUGGAGAUAACUAUGAUUUGCCAUUAAUUAUUGAAUCCAAUUAUAAUAGUGUAUUAAAAAGAUCUUUGAGUGAACCAAAUCUAUUAAUCAGUACUCAUGAGUCUCCAAUUUAUGACAAUUGUGUCGGCUAUAAGACAAUAAUUACAGAUAUAAACAGCAAAUACAACUUUAGUGAUAUCAGUGAAAGUAAAUCAGUGACCUAUUCUUCAAAGUCGUCAUCAAUAUCUUCAUUGAACUCUUAUAAAACAUCUGAUAUAAGUUAUACACAAUUGGAGGAACAGUUAUCUCUUAAUCCAUACAAUCGCUUAGUCGAAGAAGAAAUUGAUUGCAUCGAUACCAAUAGCACCAGUGCUUCAAUAGAUACCAGAGUUGAAGGCAUUGAUGGGCAAAAGGAUUUUGUUUCGCAAAUCAAUAAUAAUAUAACAACAGAAUUGUGUCAUAAUUUAAUGACUGAUGAACCAAAUAAUGACAAAAGUAUUACCAGUAAAGUAGUGAUCAUCUCUGAUGAGGAUCAGUACUCUCUUGUUGUUUGCCAACAAAAUGUUAAUAAUAUCACAACUGAGAAAAAUAAUACAAAAAGAAAUGACAAAAUGAACAGACAUUAUGUUAAUUGUUCACAAAUUUGUGGACCAAAGACACYGGAAUCAGUACAAGAACCACAUAAACAACAGGAUAAUUGUGGUCAAAGUGCACAUUCAUUUCAACACAAUUUGAUUAAACGCCAGAUUAUGUCUGGCAGUGAAAGAACAGUAGUAUCUGAGACUGAAAACGUUGUUUUAAACGAUUAUUUUGAUAAUACCAGUGCCACCAGUAAUGGGUUUGAACAGAAAGGAACAGUACGUUUGCCACAUAAUAGACAUUCAUUAACAUUGGAUGUGUCAUGUAAUGCACCGGCAGUUGAUAGCAAAAAAUGUAGUGCCGUUAGCUCGACAUCGACGAGGAAUUCCCGAAGGCUUAUAGUCAGUGAUAAACGUCUGAGAAAUGCUGUUUUAGACAGACUUAAGCGACUCGGACGCUCUCAAAGUCAAUGUCGUCCAUCUGAUAAUAAACUGAUGACAACAUCGACAUCACAGACGAGUCUGAGUUCACAAAAGUUUUAUAUGAGAACCAAAGGACUGUAUAAGAAUGUGAAGCGUCGCUUCUCAUCGGUUCCUCCCAGUGCUGAUGUGGUCGACGAAGAACCACCACCGGCAUCAUCAUCACCGGCAUCGACACCACUGCCGCCCCCAAUAACUCAUACGAUUAAUAACACAAACUUAAGUGAUGAUUCAAAUUUGGCAAUUUAUGCUAACCAAAUGGAUAUCAACGUUGGGGUGACUGGCGUUCAGUUGAGACACUGUUCUAGUUAUGAGAGUAUUGAAGAUUCCGGAUGCGGAUCAAGUAUCCAAACGAGUUCAUUGUCUACAGACAGCAAUCGGAGCUCCAUUUGUACCGGAGAUGACAUGAAUAGCAUGUAUUCAUCUGCACUACUGAGAGGGCCGUUCAUAGGAUAUGCGAAAGCCAUCACCGACUGUACUCCCUGUCCCUACUAUAAGGAUGCCCUGCCAUUCAAGAGAGGAGAUAUCAUAUCGAUAAUAUCAAAAGACGAAUCGGGCACUUGGAUAGGUAUGGCCAGUGGACGGGUAGGUCACUUCAAGUUUGUUAAUGUAGAAGAAAUCAAAACAUAUGAUACAUAUUCUAACAAUAAACGGACCGCCAGUAAAGGUAUUAAAUUAAUAAUUCCGGUGACAGUUGAACACCAACAACAAAAUGAAAGUCACCGACAGUGCCACAAAUCAGGUGCCAGAAAUCAACAUUUGUUUAAUAAUUGUUAUAAAAGUAUUAAUAAUAAUAAUAGAGAUAAAUCAUGCGAUGACCGCAAUUGUAAGUGUAAAGAGAUUUGUGAUAAAUUAAAAUCACGUUUAGUUGAAUGUAAUGGACGGCCACUGACUUUAAAUGAUAUCAAACAUGUGAUCAAUAUAUCGGAACUACAAUUUCAGAGAUUGUUUAUCAAUGGAUAUAAUAAUCUGAAACUAUUUUCAGAGAUUUCAAAUAAGGACAGACUUAAUGAUUGUGGUAUCAAUGAUGCCGGUGCUCAACAUCAGCUUCUAACAGUAAUUCAUGUAUUAAAAGACUAUUAUAGUACAACAUAUGAUAGCGAAUCAUUAAUUAAGCCACAAAAUACUAGUCAAAACCAACAACCCCAGGACAGGCCUCAGUCCAAGUAUGUGCCUAAACAUAGACGUGACCUGAGGUUUAGUACAGUUGCCGGUGUUUCCAUGUCUGCGCCCACGACUCCAGUAUUUACUCCAUGUAUUGACUUUACUGGUGAUGACUUUCAACAAUUAUUAUCCAAACUGGAAAGUGUGAGCACAUCCAGUCUAGAAAAUAGCUGUGCUUACGAUGACAUAAAGGCUACUUCAGUGACAAAUGUGAUGCCAAGUCAUAGAUCGGCUGAUAGUAUAUUAGAUGACUUUACCUAUAAUAGUGAACAAACAACUAAUGAAAAAAUAUAUGAAAACACUGAACAAAUGAUUAGUGUAACGCAUGAACGACAACAUCAAUAUAAUAGCACAUUAGAUAUUUCAACAAAACAACAAAAGUUAAUAACAAAUCCAUCAUUUAUCACGUCAUCUGAUGUUAUUAACAACAACAGCGACGGUAGAAGUGAAGGGAAAGGUAGACAUAAUAGCGUCAGAUUUUGCAUCCGUGAUAAGUCAUUGGAUAGAAAUCUAUUGAGAAAAUUAGAUUUGAAACCCAUUUACAUGCAAUCAAUGGACAGAAAAGUCUAUAAUACAAAAAGGGUGUCAUUUGCCGCAACCGGUAUGACUUCAUCACAAAGUGUUAUAAAUUUAAGUACAAAUCAAAAUUCAUUACUUAAUGAAUCAAACAAUCAUAACACCGCCACCAACAACAUCACCACCAACAACAACAACAAUAUCACCAAUAAUACAUUGACCGACACAUUGAGGAGUAAAACAAAAUUUAAAAAACUGAUAUCCAGUUCACGCAAAUUCUCGACAUUUCAUUCGCACAGUAGUCUCAUGUCAUUAGUUAACAGCACCGGUAGUACCGGUGAUUUUGGUGUUGGCAAUGAUGGUCGUGAUGUCAUUGUUACUGACACUAAGCUCUGCUCCAAGACAUUGAAAGAUGCCAUCAUUUAUAAGCUAAAGAGUGAGAGCAUUGAUCUCACGGAUGAGCCCUACUCUGAUACUGCCGGAUUUUGUGGUAUACCUCCAGCACUGAUCCAGCGAUACACCGACGAGUGUCAGAGAGACACCUAUGAAAUAUCGGAGGUAUUAGACGAGCUUAGGAUGAAGGCAUUGGAGGCUAAGGGUAGACGUGGUGUUCCUAAUGACUACUUGGGUGACUCAUGUAUGGGACCGGUCAUCGAUACAGCCAAUUAUGAGAACCUGCAUCUAUGGCUCAUCUCAUUGGGUCUACCGAUGUAUGAGUCGUGUUUAAGAGCCCACGGCUUUGACACUCUUUACAGAGUAUCGAAGUUAAGGGAAGUCGAUAUCGUUAACAAAUGUGGUGUAAAUGAUAGAAGACAUAUACGCAUACUUACCAAUGCUAUCGGUGCUCUUCAUUUGAGUUUAGGAGAGUUAGACACCAAAAUAUAAUCAAACAUUUAUUAU